AUGAGCCCCCAAUUAGCAUUGAAACCCCACGACGCGCCAAAGACUCGCAAUGCGACCGCCGCAGAACGGCUCGCCCAAGUCUCCUCCCACGUAUCCCAAACCUCUCCAAAUACCCCCAAGAAACGCCGGCGAAAGGGUGCGGAAUCCGACCUACCCAAGGACUAUUCAGACAUCCUCGGUCAGCUCGAUGCAUUGAAGGAGAUUGCUGCGACGCCAGAUCCGAACAAUAGAGGCUACGUGCGGCAAAAACAGGCAGGGAAGCUAUGGGUGAGGGAACGUGUCGAACAAUUGUUGGAUCCUGGGAGUUUCCGGGAGGUUGGAAGCGUUAGUGGCACUGUUAAAUGGAAACACCUCGGAGGGGUGAAGGAAGAGCCUGUGGAGUUUGUGCCGUCGAAUAAUGUCCAGGGAUUUGGAAAGCUUCGAGGCCGGAAGAUAGUCUUCACGCCUGAUGACUUCUCCAUUCGGGCUGGACAUGCUGAUGGUGCAUUGACGGAGAAGACCAUAUAUAUGGAAAAGCUUGCAAUAGCCCCCAAGCUUCCGAUAGUUAAACUCGUGGACGGCUCUUCGGGUGGUGGAUCUGUAACAACCAUCAGGACAACCGGAUUCUCAUACGUGCCACCUCUGCCAUUAUUCACUUAG